AGAACAGCCAGCAUAACUGAUAACUGAUUCCACCUAGAUCCAGUCCGAAGAAACCAGCUAUGUAUGUUGAUCUUGUGCGCGGUUCCAGUAGCUACGCCUAGCAGCGUACAGCCUCAAAAAGAUAGUGGAGUCAUUAACAUUCGUAUAGUGGAGCAUUCUCGAUAUCUUGACAAACUUCCCGUGCUCGUUCUCCCCUCAUUAGCAAGGUCACCGUCACAGUGGAAGCCGGUCGUUCGCAACAACCGCAACAGAAAAGCCACCUGGAUAUCAAUACACCCCAAGGAAAAUACCCUCCAAAAAACGCCAUGCAAUUGCCUUGCAAAUUGUGUAUGCUCCCAAGCCUUCAUUUCUCACAAAACAAAAGGUAUACCGAAAGACGCGCUCAAAAGUCAAAUACUGGAUAUAUCAUAAACCCGCUGUGAACAUAAAAGAGGGUAUCAUGGAUGAAGAACCAGGCGCAAUGCGCGCGCGCUAG